AUGUCAGAGACCGAAUCCCGAGUACAUUCCCCUACUCCAGCAGAAGACGGUACUAGAUCUCCAGCUCCAGAAAAGAUCUCCGAUAAGGGGAGCGAAAGCGCACCUGAAGAUGAUAGGGAUUUGGACCAGCUCUCCGAGAUCGAUGAAGAUCAAUUUGAGGAUUACGAUCCCGAGACAGCCAACAUUGAAGAUCGCCCUGUGGAAAUCGACGAGGAUAUUGCCCGCACACUGAAAGCCGCCCGGCGCCAGCGGACAGAUGCUGAGAGACCCCGCAAGGUAAAGGAAGGGAGGCGUGAGAAGAAGAAGCGUAGUCGCGAUGGGGAUACAGACGCCGACGGCCAGGAUGAUGACGCUAGACCACGCAAGUCUCGGCGGAGCGAGCGGAAGAAGAAGAAGGAUGAAGCCGAUCUGGAUGACCCUAUUGAUGACCAGAUUGCCGACCUUGUUGUGAAGAUGGAAAGGGCCUGCGAGGCCGACAAUACCGCCCGCGAGGCUGGAAAACCGGCCGUAGAGAAGAUGAAGCUUCUUCCUGAAGUCGUAUCCAUGUUGAAUCGCAACAAUGCCCAGGAGGCUGUUCUAGAUCCCGAUUCGGGGUUUUUGCGCGCUCGGGAAAUAUUCAACCAUCUUGUUAAACUUCCCAUUGAAAAGGACGCGCUCCUAGGAAGUGGACUAGGCAAGGUGGUGUUUUUCUAUACCAAAUCUAAACGACCCGAACCAAACAUUAAGCGCAUCGCGGAGAAGCUCGUAGGCGAUUGGAGUAGGCCCAUUCUCAAGAGGACGGAUGAUUACAAGAAGCGCCACCUCGAGACGCGAACCUACGAUUACCAAGCUGCAAAAUUUGCCCAGCGCUCCGGUUCAUCUCAAUUUUCGCUGUCCCAGCGGCCCGUAAUCUCUCGAGUGGACGCUGAACGCGAGCGCGCGCUGGCACCGGCAAUCACUACAAACCGCGCUCGCAUCCCUGAAAUGCCCCAGAGCUAUACCGUAGCUCCCCGCAGUACCUUUGAUAAAGGCUCAUCCAGAGCCUUCGAGCAUCGCCCCAUUGGCUCUAGCGGUAUCGAGGCGUUCAGAAAAAUGACACAGAAACCGAGGAAGAGGGGUUAA